CAGUGGCUGUAACUGUCCUUCAGUGGCUGUAACUGUCCUUCAGUGGCUGUAGCUGUCCUUCAGUGGGUGUAACUGUCCUUCAGUGGGUGUAACUGUCCUUCAGUGGGUGUAACUGUCCUUCAGGGUCUGUAACUGUCCCAUACAUGUGCUGUCAUAGGUUAGGAUUUUAACAAGGUAGACUGUUAGUGUAGUACAGUAGUAAUAGUACAUUUCCAUUUCAAAUGAGCUCCUGUUUAGUCGCUUCACUCCUAGAGCAGUUCCAUCCUUAGAGCCAAACCUGACCGCUUCCUCCAUCCAAUGAAACUAAUCGGAAUUUAUCGUCCUCCCCUUCAAUGCCGUCAGUCUGAUGAUGUCGAUCUGCUAUUGGUAAGUGGGCCUGUCACUCCGAAAUUAGCAAACAAAAAUAAUAAAGAUCACCAAACACAGAUGUCAUCCAUCAUCCUGAGUUAGAUAGAAGGGAUACCAGUCAUUAUGGUUUAAAGUGGCGCACCAGUCUCCUUUUCAACUCAUUUAACACCUGAUUUACUUAACAAAAGGAACAUCUCAAUAGGUGGUCCAGGUAAAUCAUGACAUAGCACAAGUGGGGGGGUGGGCAUUUCCUCUUUUGUUCUCUAAUGCCUCAAGCAAGGGGGAAUUCCCAUCAGAUCAACUCCUUGAGUGCCCUACUCCUCAAAGUUUGCAGUUGUGUCUAAAAAUCACUAUUUUGCUCUAAACAUGUUUGUUUUUUUACCUUUAGUGUGUGUACUUUAMUGUAUUUAUACUUGGAAUAUCGCUUUUCAACUGUAAAAGUUGCUGGAGGAUGUAUUAGACGUACAUCACCCCUGACUGAACUAGAGAAUUAUAGUUUGCUGAGUGUAGUUGAGUUGCUCCUAAGAGCUGAUCUAAGGUAAGUGGUGACUUUUUAGGUGGUGAAGGUUAGCAUUAAAAUACAGGGUAAGAUGAUCCAGAUGUCCACAUAGGGGCAACUUCCACCUCAACCAAUCCGCUGCAAGCGUUGUACAGUACAUGUAAGGGUUGAAAAUGUUUAGCCAGGGCCCAGGUGACACCUAGUGGUAUUUCUGAAUCAUUGCACCCUGUCAUCUCCUCCCCCCUUCCCUUCCUUCCAUGUCUCAUUCAGAGGCGUUGCAUGGCAUCUUAGCAUGCAUGUUUCCCCUCUCUCAGAACCAGGGAAUGAAAGGCAACAAUGGGAACAAUUUUACAUGGCAUCAAACCGCCAUCAUUUCUGUGCCACACCCCGCCACAAUAAAGAGCCUCUCCCAGCUGUUUCUGUUGCCGUGGAGACCAGCAGGGUUACUAUAGCGACGGCGGGAACUCAGAAGGGGUGGUAAAUGAUAGGGUUGGCAGGGUUCAGCUGUGCCGCAUGUCAAGUGAUUAAUUUCCAAGAAGCUGGCAUGUUGUUCAUUCUUCUAGCAUCUGCGGAGCAAAAAAAACAAGGCCUACUUUUUAUUCUCUUUUUUUCUGGUGCUGACUUUAUUUGUGAUGGCGCUCAUGUUUUUCCAUCUCUCUCUGUUUCUGUUCGUCUCAUAGAACCAGAGAAUAAACAACUCCCAGUCUGCACAGUCAUUGGCCACCCCUGUGGUUUCAGUAGCAACGCCCACCCUACCUGGGCAAGGAAUGGGCGGUUACCCAUCAGCCAUGUCCACUUCAUACGGUACUGAAUACUCGCUGAGCAGUGCAGACCUGUCCUCCCUGUCUGGCUUUAACAGUGGUAGCUCCCUCCACCUGGGCUCCAUGAGCGGAUGGCAACAGCAACACCUCCAGAACAUGCAGCAGCACUCUGCCCUCAGUCAGCUAGGAAAUUGCAAUAGCAAUCACUUAUGUCACAAUUCAAAUCUCUCCCUGCCUUCUGCUCAAAGCCUGCACAUCAAGUCCGAACCUGUUUCUCCUCCUAGAGAUCGCACCAGCAGCACACCGGGGGGCUACGGCGUCCCGCAGCAACAGCACCCCUCGUCCCGCCAAGACUCAGGCCGCUCCCCUGUCGACAGCCUGAGUAGCUGCAGCAGCUCCCACGAGGGCAGUGACCGCGACGAGCACAGGAACGAGUUCCACUCUCCACUGGGAAUGUCCCGGCCCGCCCUGGACGGGCGCGAGAGCCCCUCGGUCAAACGCGUGCGCCUGUCCGAUGGAUGGGCCACAUGAUAGCCACGUCCAGUGCUGGCCGUCGCUCAAGCCUCGCUCACGCUGCGACGUCAUGAUGCCCCGACACCCUCACUCUCGAUAUCACCACACGACGCGUCACUCACCUCCGGAGCCCAUGCUCUCUCUAUCUCUCUCUAUCUCUCUAUCUCUCUCUAUCUCUCUCUAUCUCUCUCUAUCUCUCUCU